AUGGUGUGCACAAGGGCCCAAUACAGGGCUCGGCAACAAGCACAGGAGAAUUUCUCAUCUUCCAACUUUGACGGCCUCUCCCAAGAGAUCUCGUCUCCGAAAGCUCCUAGGACCCUUGAAAGCGCUGAAAUGCCUAGAAACAUCGAAACCCCGGGGGGCACUAAGACGCCCGAAACUACCAAGAUGCCCCCAAUUACUGAUGUUCCUGACGAACAUGGAACUCCCGCGAACGCAGAGGCCCGCGAAGAACUCGAGAUGCCGGAGGACACUGAGAUAUCCAUCCCCAGAACUGCGAGACAGGAGCUGGAUGACCAAUUACACCCUCUCUACUCGUAUGACUUUCUAACCAGGGAUCAAUACCAGGCUAGAGUCAGAUCCGCAGAGCGUCUUUUAAAUACUGGAAGUGAGGGCUGGGAUAUGGAGCCGCCACAAAUCCGACAAAGAUAUCAGAGGUUGAGGAUCCGACUUACUUCUUGGAUCCUCUACUUUGUGAACAACGACGUCGGGAGUUUACCAAGCGCAAAAACAAACCUCAUCAUCGCCAGUCUGGAGGGGUAUUGUGUCAAGAAGGAUUGGACCAUCCUGCAAGAACAAUUGCCAGCUACCGUUCACAAGCGCCUUGGAACUCUCUUCGCUGAGGCCCUCAUCAACAAGUUCAUCAUGGAGAAGAUCUUUUCGAACCCAUUUUGGUACCUUGACGGAAAAUUGGAUCUCGCAGACCAGGGAGAAGAUGAAUGUUUCCCAACAAAGCUGCAUUAUCUCUAUCAGCGGUUCUUCAAGAGUGAGUCCUACUUUCUAACCCAACGUUUGCAACCCUCUGGAAACAACAAACGCACCGACUGGCUAAUUCGACAACGAAUGAGCACACAAAUGGCGACCAUAAGCUUUGGACAAGAAAAUGCCAACCGUCUCACGGCUCGCGCACCCUUUCUGGUUGAUGAGAUUCUGGCUAGUGAGCCACUCAGCCUGUUACUCAGAGGGCCCUUGACGAAGGAUGAGGCCCUCGAGCAGCGAAAUCAUCUUAUUAGUAUUUUCGAACAAGCCAGCACUGUGAUGCUUACCUGUGAAGCAUAUUUGGGUGGUCAUUUUGCGAUUCAACUUCUGCCAGAACUUGGACCGUUGUAUGACUGUGAGAGCGACUACAUGACCUUCCUCGACUAUGAUCCGGAAAGUAGUAGCGACAAGUCCACAAUGGAUGGCCGUGAAAUAAUACUUGUAGUACGCCAGGGCAUUGUCUAUUCACACAUGGUGCCUAACAUAGCUUCUGACUACGAUUCUAUAAGCACCAUUGUUGAGAAGGCUACAGUAGUGCUGGCAGAACAGACCAGCACAAACGAAAAGGCGAAGGGCCUAGAAGGGGAUCCAGGCAUCGAAGCUGCCGACAAUGAUGAAGGAAGGGUAGACCCGGAAGCCUUGAAGCAGACGCAUUUGGGGAAUACAGCUUCUGGACGGGGUCAUGUAAUGGUAAUUAAGGCAUGGGAAUGA